AGUCGUGUCGUGCUGAUCGCAAGCCCCACCAGGCCAUUGCCUCUUCUCCUCUCUCUCGCUCUCUGUCUCUCGCAGAAGGUGUGGGCGGUGUGAUGAUGCCGCCACACCGAGUGCUUCCAAGCCCUAAUUUGUCCAUACUUUCUCAGUGACAAGUUUCCCAAAUCUCAAGAUAACUCCAAAAUCCUUCGAUUCCACUUUUCAAUUCUACUUUUUCCGCUUCCAGUCGAGUCGGUGCCCUCUUUAUAUACGCCACGCCUCCUCUCCUAUGGAGGAGCCAGAACGGUGUGAGGAGAUCUCAAUCUCAAUUUCGAUUCCGAUUUUCUAUUCGUAGGGCUUUGCGAUUUCCCUCUCCUCUAGAUGGCAAUCAACGGUUCGGCGGCGGCGGCGGAGGAUCGUGGAGGAGUCCGGAGGCUCAGGUGCUCCGUCAAGAACUACGAUUGGGGAUUGCUCGGCGGCGAAUCGCGCGUCGCCAGGCUCUUCUCGCUGAACUCGGGGCUUGGCGUUGACGACGAGAAGCCCUACGCGGAGUUCUGGAUGGGAACUCAUGAUUCGGGGCCCUCGUUCGUGGUGGAAGGCGGCGAGAGCGGAGAGUCGACUGGGAAUUUGAGUUUGAAGGAGUGGAUUGCGAAAAACCCUCACGUGCUUGGUGAUGAGGUGGUUCGCGAGUGGGGGACUGAUCUUCCUUUCUUGUUCAAGGUGCUUUCAGUGGCGAAGGCAUUGUCGAUACAGGCUCACCCUGACAAGGAAUUAGCGGCAGUUCUGCAUAAACGGAGGCCUGAUGCUUUCAAGGAUGCUAAUCACAAGCCUGAAAUGGCUUUGGCACUCACGGAGUUUGAGGCCCUUUGUGGGUUUGUCAGUCUCGAGGAGCUAAAGGAUGUUUUCCAAAAUGUUCCUGAGAUUGCUGAAGUGGUUGGUACUGCAUAUUCUGAGAAAGUGUUGGCUGUUAAUAAACAAGAUGGGGAGGAGAAUGUAGUGGAAGCUCUGAAGUCAAUAUUCACAGAACUCAUGUCUGCUAGCAAGGAUAUGAUUUCUAAAGCCCUGUCCAAAUUGAAAAAUCGGCUCACUGUGGCUAGUGAGGGGAGGCAGUUGACAGAUAAAGAACAGCUAGUACUGCGGCUAGAAAAGCAGUAUCCGGGUGACGUCGGUGUCCUAGCGGCAUUCCUCUUUAACCACGUGACGCUUAAACCGGGAGAAGCUUUGUAUGUAGGGGCAAAUGAACUCCACGCUUAUUUAUGUGGGGAGUGUAUAGAAUGCAUGGCAACUUCAGACAACGUAGUACGUGCCGGCCUUACUCCAAAGGAACGGGAUGUUGAAGUUCUUUGUUCCAUGCUCACAUACAAACAGGGCUUCCCUGAAAUUGUGCAAGGAGUUGCUCUAAAUCCACAUACCAGAAGGUACCUUCCUCCUUUCAAUGAAUUUGAAGUUGACUGGUGCGUUCUUCCAGAGGGGGCAUCAGCAGUUUUUCGUCCAGCCCCCGGCCCCUCGAUUUUUGUAGUCGUGGAGGGAGAUGGAAGAAUGCAUGCAAAAUCCUUUGAAGACGACGUGGUAAGGGAAGGUGAUGUUCUGUUCGUGCCUGCAAAUACCGAUAUAAAAUUGACAGCAGCGUCUGGAUUACAUGUAUACAGAGCAGGAGUGAGCAGCAGGUUCUUUGGGCCUCUUUAGUUGGAAUAAUAAAGCAAUGGCUGUCAUCUAUAUAAUCUCUACACAUAUAUAUAUUGGUUCGCCAGUGUUGAUAUGUAUGUACGUUUUGUGCAAUGUUGUUGUUUGCGAUGUACAUGCAUAAAUAAUGACAUUAUGUAGCAGGAGGGAAGUGAUAGGGAGGGGGGGCUGAAGUAAGGAAGGAAGUAGUUGGAUAUGGGAAAAUCAGGUUUGAGAGAGUAGUAGUAGUAGGGCUAUUGCUAAGUUAUUUUGGCUAAAGUGUUGCUCUUCCUCUUGUAAUUAUCUAGUGGAAUUCUCCAUGCAUAAGGGCUUGUGAAUUUGUUUCUUUGCUCCA